AUGGCGCCACCGCUGCCCUCCUCGGGCGCGGGUCACGCGCGGUCGGCCGGACCCCCGCUGGCGUGGGACAACGGCCGCGCGCAGCCGAAGCGCAUGUUCUCGCGCCAGUCGAGCCGCGCACCGUCGCCGACGUCCUCGGCGUGGUCGCACCACGCGCCGUCGCAGUCAAACCUGUCGCUCGCGCACUACCGGGACGACGGCCCGCCCGCGCGCGGCGGUGCUGCUGCUGCUGGGGUGGCGUUCCGGUCGCCGUUGUUCCGGCUGCGGCGCGCGCCGCUUUUGCGGGUGUUCGUGCCGUCGCCGGGCGGGGAGUGGCUGUCGGACGCGAGCGUGCAGGAGUGCGAGAUGGAGCUGCGCAAGGCGGGCGUGGUGGCGCUGCUGCGGCCUGGAGAUGUGGUGUGGGAUAUGGCGGUCGGGGACGAGGGGAAUACGGGGCGGCUGGUGUGGGACGGGAGGUUCCUCAUUGACUUGGACUACACGUAUUCGGACAUGGGCGACUUGCCGCCGUAUUUGCCGUCCCUGGCGUUUCCUCCGUCGUAUUUCCAUCGUCUCAUACGGACCGCGGGGGAUCACAAGAACCCGAUAUGCCAUAUCGACGUCGCGCCGUGGGGGACUGAGAUCGCGGCCAACCUGCAGCUCCUGCAGGACCGCGUCAAAACUGAAACGCCGCAGGGCAGCUUUCAUACCGUCAUUCGAUGGGUGCACCGCUCGUCGUUCGAGAUACGCUCGCAGCACCGUGCGGCACCGAUGCUCGUCCUGCCGACGAAGGAGCGGCUGCCGAUCGACCUGGGGUGGAACGGCAAGGUCGUGGUUGAGGCCGAGGGCACCAACGAGGGCCUCGCGGACUUGCAGGGGCGGUGCUGGGGCGCGUUUCCGCCGCGCACGGGGGCCGGGGCCGAGCUGGUGAAGAAGUCGGAGCGGGAGCGGUGCGUGUGGAGGAUCUUGCGCGAGCGCAGCCGGCCGGGUGAGAUAUGGAUACGUGCGGUUGGGUAUAAGGAGCGACUGAUCGUUUAA